GUUAAAAGUAAUUACAAGCGAUGAGGGCGAUCGCGUCUAAUCCUUUUUCCCUCAUCCUCUCCUGUUAUUGCCCGAUAGAGUUAUCUUCAUCUUCCCCGUCCUUUGCGUUCCGAGGAGAAGGAAACCCUAGAAAACCUCGAGCUCAUCGAUGGCGGCGUUGAUGUGCCCGUCGUCACCUAACUCGCUCCGGCUGCAGUUUGGCUUCAGGUGCCGCGAAUCCUCUGCCGUCUUCCUGCGGGUCCGAUUCCGCCCGACUAAUCGCCGUGUCGUUGUAUCUUUCGCCGGCGGAGAGGCGGCAAGAAGUGGGGGCAGGGGACGGCCUUGGAAUGGCUCCGAUGGCUCGCCGGACGGAUUCGCCGGGUGGUUGGAGACGGGAACCGGCGCCGGGCAGUCCAAGAAAAAAGGAGGGCUUCGAGUUCGCUUUCAGAAAUGCUGGGAGCAUGGCUGGCUGGGGUUCUUUUUGCUGCUGGAGUUACAUUUGCAACAUUAUCUAUUGUCAACAAAAAUGCUUCUGGGGCAAAGCAGCAGGUGGAACCAUUAGCAAGCGAGCAAGAAAUAUUAAUGUCUUCUGUUGAUGCAAGUGAAAAAGAUAAUCGGGUUGGUGAGGUGUCUAAUGUGGUUACAAUUGGUGAAGAGAGCAUAAUCAAUGACCGCAAUGAAGACAAUGAGACAGGUACCAGUGAAAAUUUUACCCCUACAAAUGUUAAUGGAGAUGUUAGUGAGAGCAGAUAUGGUGACAUGCAAGAUUUGGAGUCUUCAUUAUCAGAAAAUAUAAAAUCAGUUGGAGAGGGUGUCAUUGAAAUUAAAAGAGCUUCGACUCUAGAUGAUCUAGAAGUGGCCAAAAAUGUUGAUAAUCUUCCUCUAUUUGCUGGCUUGAGCAACAGCACACAUGAAUUGCCUACUUAUGAAGAUGGUUUUUCACAUGAAACAUCCAAAUCGGAUGAUUUAGGUUGCGCUACGACUUUUGAUAUGUUGGAGUCAGAUAUCGGAAAAGAUGUGAAUGCCGAUGGUACUGUUACUCUUGUAGGCUUAACUUCUGUUAAUACUGCUUCAACAAAUGCCAUAAGUAAUAAUCUUGAGGAAACUAUUAACUCAAAUUCUGAAACUCCUUCACAAUUCUUAGGUGAAUUUGAGAGCCAGGUUCCCAGCAAUUCAAUAACACCUGAUGCCAAAAGAAUAGACUCAGAUGAAAUAGAUUACCAGUUCAGUUUUGAAGAUGUCGUAGCAAAUGUGUCUCUUUUGAAGGAUCAGGAUAUUGAACAGAAUAACAUGCUGCAGUUACCUGCAAAGGACUGCACUGAGUGUCCAAUAGUGCAUGACAAAAAUGAGACUGUUCCUAUAGAAAAGCUUUUUGACUUGGUUCCUGAUCAUAGUGAAGAACAGAUGCUUCAAUUUGACUCAAUUAGUUCUGCAGGAGGACAUAACUUAAAUGACAGUGAUUUAGCUUCAGUACAGUCUGUAGUGGUAUCUACAGAUCCUACUAAAAAAGAACCUGAUUUAAAGUGUGACAAUGAAACUGAAAGAAACUCAUUGUUUGAGUCACUUCUGCCUAAGAAAUCUUUCUCCCAUUCUGGUAUACCAGCUCCAUCUCUCGUCUAUGCAGCUCAACAGGUACCCCCUGGAAAGAUUUUGGUUCCUGCAUUUGUUGAUCAGGUUCAGGGGCAUGCACUGGCAGCAUUGCAGGUUUUAAAGGUCAUUGAGGUGGAUGCUCAACCAGGUGAUUUAUGCACUCGUCGUGAGUAUGCUCGUUGGCUAGUCACUGCAAGCAAUGUCUUUUCAAGGAACACCUUUUCAAAAGUGUAUCCAGCAAUGUACAUUGAGAAUCUGACUGAACUUGCAUUUGAUGAUGUUACACCUAAAGAUCCUGAUUUUCCAUUCAUUCAAGGCUUGGCAGAAGCUGGGUUAAUCUCUAGCAAGCUUUCAAGAUCAGAUUUGGAUGUUUCUGUCAAUAUUCUGGAUGACUAUGUUCUUUUCUCCCCUGAUAGUCCUUUGUCUCGUCAAGAUCUGAUUAGCUGGAAGAUGGCAUUAGAAAGAAGGCAACUUCCAGAAGUUGAUAAAAAUCAUCUAUACCAGUGCACUGGCUACAUAGACGUUGAUAAGAUAAAUCCGGAUGCUUGGCCUGCUUUGAUAGCCGACUUUGCUGGUGGAGAACAAGGCAUUACAGCUCUUGCUUUUGGUUAUACUAGACUUUUCCAGCCUGAUAAACCUGUCACAAAAGCACAAGCUGCCAUUGCAAUUGCAACUGGUGAUGCUGCUGAAGUUGUUGGUGAGGAACUUGCUCGUAUUGAAGCAGAAUCAUUGGCAGAAACUGCCGUGAAUGCACAUACUACCUUAGUAGCACAAGUAGAGAAAGAUCUCAAUGCAAGCUUUGAAGAAGAGCUUGCCAAGGAAAGGCAGAAGACAAAAGACUUGGAGAAACUGGCUGAAGAAGCAAGGCUAGAAUUAAACAGGCUAAGAACCCAAAGAGAGGAAGAAAAAAAUGCUCUUAUUACGAGCCAUGCUACUGUUGAGUCAGAAAUGGAAGUUCUUUCAAGGCUAAGGCAUGAAGUGGAAGAGCAAUUACAGAAUCUCAUGAGUAACAAGCUGGAGAUAUCUUUUGAGAGGGACAGAAUGAACAAACUUCGUAAGGAAGUCGAAAGUGAGAACCAGGUCAUUAUUAGGUUACAGUAUGAGCUGGAGGUUGAAAGGAAGGCUUUGAUCAUGGCCAGGUCUUGGGCAGAGGAGGAGGCUAAAAGAGCAAGAGAACAGGCCAAAGCUCUUGAGGAAGCCAGAGAGCGAUGGGAGAGGCAUGGCAUCAAAAUCGUUGUUGAUGGAGACCUCCAGGAUGAUGCAUCUAUUGGAACAACAUGGCUUAUUGCCGGGGAUCAGCCUCCUGUUGAUGAGACAAUUGGUAGAGGGGAGACAUUGGUGAAGAAGCUCAAGGAAAUGGCUGCUGAAAUGAAACACAGGUCUUCAGUUACUAUUGAGAAAAUUAUUCAGAGGAUUGUCAUGAUAAUUUCGGCUUUAAAGCAGUGGGUCUCUGUUGCCUCCAAUCACGCGACUGAGCUCCGAAUUGCUGGAAUUUCCAAGGCUAAAAAUGCAAUGAUUGAGUUUAAGGAAAGUGCUUCGGGGUUCAGCUUAGUGAUUGUGGACAAGGCCAGGAGAGUAGUUGCAGAUUGCAAAGGUAGCGUUGGAAAAAUCUCACAGAAGUUCAAGGCAUGAGAAGAAACUUCCAUUUCUACUUUUCUUUCAAUUAAUAGUACUGGCUUAGGGCCCAAAGUUGCCUGCUUCAUUACAAGGAUAAGAGAUCAGAAGUUCCAAUAAAGUUGGGUUCAGAAUAAUAUGCAACGGAGUUGUUUUCUCCGCUGCUUAGAUAUAAGAGUGGAGAAAGCGGAUGACAGAUUUUGUUUUAUUACCUAUGUGUCAGCAGGAACUAGUCAUAAGGUUCCAAGCGGUUCAUAGGUUAUAUCAUGAUGUCUUUGUGUAACUGGUCAUAAAAUUUUUGCAGGGGCACAUUCCACCGCGACUGCAUACAGUGGCGUUUUCACAAUUGAAAGCUCACAGAACGCACAGCUAUGUAGUUGAUGCAAAUGGUUGAACUGGUAAGAAAGAAAUCUCUCAGCAGUGUACACAUAAUAUCCAGAAACUUGUAUCUCAAAUUGUCAUUUUCAUCAUGUUUUACCAAGUAAAUAGCAGUUACGUGAUCAUGGUUAAUUCAAUUUAGAUUGCUGCA